GUUUUGGCGCUCGUCGAGGCGGGCGUCAUUUCAGGCCAAACAAUCCACGACGCCUAUCGUGCAGAAGCAGCAUCGGCCGAAUGGCCUCGCAGCGACUUGCCUGAGAUUGACGUCUUGGAGUCUUUGGCGGCGAAGGGCGUCCUGACGAACGAGGGCGUCCUUGACUGGAUGCAGUCGGGCGUGGUGACGGCGCAGACAGGACCCGCUGGCGGGCGUUCGUCGAAGCCUCGCCGCCGCCCGACUGAUCCGAAGGACAAGGCGCCUUGGUACAUGCGCGGCUUGAAUGCCCCCAUCUUCGUGAAGACAGACCUCCAGCCGGAGCUGGCGUUGCUUUCGCGCCAGGGCAACUGCGUCGCGCACGGCGUCGGCCACGUGAUCGGCAAGGCGCUGGAUGCCGUAGCAUAUGCGAAGAUCUUCCCUGCCGCCGCUUCGCGUGGCCGCAAAUACGUGGACGUCGCCGCUGCGCUGGGCGUUGGUUUGCAGGAGGCGCCUGGGCGGGCUUGCGUCGUCGGCGCGUCGGAGAGCGGGCAGGUGAGCGACCUUUCUCUCCCUGGCGCCUACCUAUGUCAUCAGUCUGGCAAGAGAGUGGGGCAUUGCACGGGAGUUCGCGUACAUGAUCGCUACGUUACCAUUUGGGAGAAUAAGUACAAGUUUGAAACCACGUCCAAGGUAUCGGCGCCGCCAAACAUGUUGAUUUUCAAAGUCAUCAUCGCUGACAAGGGAGCGCAUGGCCAUUGCCUGGGCCGUCGUCUGCGCGGUCUCAGGGCCGGCACGUCUCGCGGGGGGGCUCCGCACUUAUCGCAGUAUUCCAGAGAUUUGGGGGCGGUCAUAGAGGACUCGGUGAUCCCUGAAACACAGGUUGCAGAAUUCGAGGUGCCAACGCAACCGGGCGACCCCCCGACGGUUGGCGCCGAGGACACGAUGGCGGCCGAGAUAUCUGAGGGAGCUCCUCGAGACGCCGCCAUGGUCGCGGCCUUGGCGAAGCGGAUGCGCAUCGCGGGGGCCGCCACUUCCCGGGAGACGUUCAAGUCGAUGUGGUCCGACGUGACGGAGAAGUCCUCGAAGCUCGCGAACUCGUCGGCCGCCGACCCGCCUCAGUUUCACGGAGUGGUGGCUGCUACGGAGAGGCUUGCCGAUAUCGUUAACAAAAACCACGAGGAGUGGAACGACGAUGUCAAAAGGCUUGGGAUGGCAGCUCUAAUGCUGUAUCGGAGCAGGCAAUCUGAUGUCAGCCUCCUUCAGCACGGUCAGCUUCUCUGGGUGCUUCUGGGCGGGCGCGAGCUGCGGGCGCACUCAGAUCGUGCUUAUUUUUACGAUCAUUCCCUUGGACAUUUCGAGGGCUUCGACGGUCUCAUGCCGCCGACCGUGCUAGCUGCCGCUGGCAAUGCCAUGCUUACCUUGGAAGGGUUGUUCAGGUCCUUCAAGGCGCCUGUCGCGCGCAAGGACGCGGACGUACUGAAUGCGAUCGAUUCGUCCAUCAAGGAGGCCUUGGCGCAGAACAACAACGACUUGCCGAGUGCAAUGUUGACUUUCCAUGACAACUGCAUGUUCAACAAAGGCAAUAACUUGUCGAAAGCAGGGAGCGCCGCGCCUGGCAGGCAGAGCGAACCGGGCGGCGACGGCGAGGAUGCAGAGGGCGCCCUUGCAGCCCCUGCACCGGACACGAGCAAUUCGGCUGACAGCUGGUUCGUGCUAACGGCUCAGACCAUAUCCAAAGUGUCAACUAAGCUUCAGUAUGAUUUGUUGGGAAACAAGUUGGUUCCUUAUUUCAUUGAGUGGUGUUCAACUGACAUGCAGCGGGUUCCAGGAUGCGCGUGCGCUGACUGCUGCGUGUUGCACGAUCGCAGCGCUUUCGAGAACGUUUGCUUGUUGUCGUCUCGUUCACCAGAGAACAACAUAUAUCUCGGCAUCCCGACACCUCUGCUGGACCCGGUGCUUGGCGCCGCCAUGGAGCGCGUUCAGCGCGUGUAUGAGCAAACUUUUUGGUCUAUGCCCGAAUCGUUCGUCUUCGGCCAGGCAGCGCAGGCAUUGGCCAAGCGCGGUCAAAACAUCGAUCAAAUAAUUGUGUAUUGGGGGCCGGGCGGCGUCGGCCUAUCCCUCUACACUUCGCACUUGCACGCGAUGCACGGCGAUAAGAACCACAAGUUCUUUGAUCCGAAUAUAUUUUUCCAGGACGAGGAGAUGCGGAAGGAGCGGCCCUCGGGGCAGAGGAGUAGCAUGCGCCAGGACUUACUCAAGAAGUUCGCCACGGCCGACACCAUCGCGGGGAGACUGCCGUACUCCAUCUUGACGAAGAUGUACAGGAUCAUCGGGUGGAAGCGCAUGGAGGUAAACCAGUUCUUCACUUUCGACAACGUCAACGAGCGCAACCUGGAGUCUAUUGUGCGCCGCAUCGCCAUCAUCAAGAUGCAGUCGCGGUUCUUUGACAAGCUCUACGUUGAUAAGAUUAUUCUCGCCGACCCGAGCAGAUACGGCAUCUUCGCGCGCGAUCCCGACGCCAAGGACUUCAUGAUUAGCGGGGCCGCAGUUGCGGCAGGCCAUAAGAUUCAGUACGCGUUCGAGGUGGAGAACGGGCCCGACGCGUGCAGAGACAUUUUGGUGAACUACACGAAGUGCGGCGGUGACCAUGGAGUAACCGAGAAAUACGUCAGGAUCGCUUGUCAUAUCAAGGCGGCCGACGCUGCGGAAUCAGCGGCGAGCGCUGUCGCCGAGGGCUUGGUUGACCCGCCGUCCCAGGACGGCCAUUUGCCGAGUUCGCCGAUAGUCCUUCUCAGCAACCAUUUGGUGAAGGAGCUGCAGCGGAAAGGAUUGAACUACUUGACUUACAGCGUGUUCCGAGCGUCUGCAACACCUCCCGGCGCUAGGCUGAAGGGUAACAAAGAAGAACAAUGGGAGUCGUUGAAAGGCAGCGACUUGUGGAUCGACGUCGGUUCCAAGGGCAAGGCGGAAGAUCGUCUGAGUCCGCGCGUCAAGACUCAGAGAGACGCUUCGAUUCUUUGUUCACGGCGGCCGCCAUGCUGCGAUGCGAUAUACCCGGAGCAUUGCGGCGCAUCGGCGCUGGAGGCGGCGCGGUGUACAUCCAGAUUGGCCAACGAGAAGACUUUGGCAGGCGCGUUUAACGCGCUCGCAUCGGCGAUUGCUCCUGCGCGGGGGCGGCCAGCGAAGGGCGUCCUCGAGAGGAUCGAGAGUUUGGAUGAGAGGGCGCAGCAGAUUUUGUCAAUGACAGAGACGUCGCAGCGGCUGCUUGACCGGAGUAAGAGGUCGGCCGACCUCGAGGUUAAGAGAAGGAAGUUGGCCUCGAAGCAGCCGAGCGUUGAGAAGUCUCCAACCCGCCAUACUGGAAGGAAAGAAACAGUCCCGCUUGACAGCUUCAAGAGCUACAGGCGCGCAGUGGAGUGGCCGUCUCGGCAGUACGUCAACGAGGAGCUCUCGGCGCAGGCCAUGGACCAACGAUUACAGCACGUGUUUUUUUCGAGCACUUUCGAUUUGGAUUUCGUGAACUGCGUUUUUUGUUUAUUGGCGCAGAUCAUUGAAAAGUUGGGGAUCAUUGGCGCUCAGCUGUUCGCGGACGAGAUUGCUGCGCUACAGCGCGUUCGCGCAGAUCGAGAGGGCGUCUGCAAGUUGGAGUCUGAAAGCCGUCCGCGCUUCCUCGCUCGUCUCGAUGCGGUUUCCUUGGCCUGGUGCGGCUUGGGGAAAUAG